CCCGCCCCUGUGUCCCAAGACCCUGCCUCCUCUGGCGGGGGGUGGAAUUGGCCUCUUACUCUAGGCCUUUCGGUUUGCGCGAGCGGGCAGGAAAGCGUGCAUGCGACUAGGAGGGUGGGCGCUCUCGCGGCCGCUGACGAUGGAAGAACUGGAGCAAGGCCUGUUGAUGCAGCCGUGGGCGCGGCUACAGCUUUCGGAGAACUCCCUCUUGGCCAAGGUUUUUAUCACCAAGCAGGGCUAUGCCUUGUUGGUUUCAGAUCUUCAACAGGUGUGGCAUGAACAGGUGGACACUAGUGUGGUCAGCCAGCGAGCCAAGGAGCUGAACAAGCGGCUCACUGCUCCUCCUGCAGCUUUCCUGUGUCAUUUGGAUAAUCUGCUUCGCCCAUUGUUGAAGGAUGCUGCUCACCCUAGCGAAGCUACCUUCUCCUGUGAUUGUGUGGCAGAUGCACUGAUUUUACGGGUGCGAAGUGAGCUCUCUGGCCUCCCCUUCUAUUGGAAUUUCCACUGCAUCCUAGCUAGUCCUUCCCUGGUCUCCCAACAUUUGAUUCGUCCUCUGAUGGGCAUGAGUCUGGCAUUACAGUGCCAAGUGAGGGAGCUAGCAACAUUACUUCAUAUGAAAGACCUAGAGAUCCAAGACUACCAGGAGAGUGGGGCUACGCUGAUUCGAGAUCGAUUGAAGACAGAACCAUUUGAAGAAAAUUCCUUCUUGGAACAAUUUAUGAUAGAGAAACUGCCAGAGGCAUGCAGCAUUGGUGAUGGAAAGCCCUUUGUCAUGAAUCUGCAGAAUCUGUAUAUGGCAGUCACCAAACAAGAGGUCCAAGUGGGACAGAAGCAUCAAGGCACUGGUGAGCACUCCAGAGGAGAUCCUCAUACCUCAAACAGUGCUUCCCUGCAAGGAAUCGAUAGGCAGUGUGUAAACCAGCCAGAACAACUGGUCUCCUCAGCCCCAAUCCUCUCAGUGCCUGAGAAAGAGUCCACGGGUACUUCAGGCCCUCUGCAUAGACCACAGCUGUCAAAGGUCAAGAGGAAGAAGCCAAGGGGGCUCUUCAGUUAACCUGUGGUGGCCUCAGCUGCUGAGGAUGGACUUGGAGAAUGGCUUCCAAGCUUCACCUUGAAAGAAGCUUACAUGGCAGCAAUAUUUCUAAAAUAGUGAUACAGUCAGAGGCCUACUGUAAGGGCGAGAGAACUGAAGUUCAUGUUGACAGGCCCACAGGGAAUUGGCCUUCCCUCUUUAAAUGGAAGCCAGUCUCUGAGAAUCCCGUGCUCUCCUCUCUUUUGGUGGAGGUUCUGUAGGUUCAAGUUUCUACCAUGGACUUUAGGUAUAUAGGGCAAGUGAGCAAGAAAGCAGCGCACACUCAGGAAGCCCUGUCUACCUUUCCCUAGCGUCUCUAGCCAGCCAGCCCCAGAUACUCCUCAGAGACCCACUUCUCUCUUUUGCAUGGAAUAAAAGGCACUCAUACUC